AUGAUGCACAAAGCAUGCGAGUUCACAGAAACAAACGAGACCGUGUCAAUCAUGAUAAACAGAGAUGUUGUCUCGGAAACGACUAUCAAUCCGCAUAUCGAAGGGCCAAGAAGAUUGGUGCUGUGCGACGGCCUUGCAGUCGAUCUGUUAGGGGAUGUCAGCCCAGAGGUACUGCUGUGUACAUCAGGGCCAAGAAUAGAAGUGCGCUUGAGGAAAAUGGAGUGCAAGAUAUGGAUGGAAUGCACAGGCGAUGCAAAGAUGGCUGGUGCAGACAGUUGGGUGUCUGACGAUGAAUCUGAGCAGACAGAGUCGUUGCUUGACUUGCUGAGCAGGAUAUACAAACGAUCAGGAGAUAAUGUUCGUAGGGCAAUGGAGAAGUCGUUCUAUGAGUCGGAAGGCACUGUGUUGAGCACCGACUGGGAUCAGGUCAAGCAGAAAAAGGUUGCGCGUGAGGAAUAA